UGUCACCUCUGUUUGCAGAGGCAAUGGAUGGAGCCAACCAAUCUGUGGUAUAUGAGUUUGUGUUCCUGGGGCUCUCUAAUUCAUGGGAGAUCCAGCUUCUUCUUUUCUUAUUUUCCUCUGUGUUCUACAUGGCAAGCCUAAUGGGAAAUCUCCUCAUUGUGUUCUCUGUGAGUACUGACCCUAACUUGCACUCUCCCAUGUACUUCCUGCUGGCCAAUCUCUCCUUUCUUGAUGUGGGGGUUUGCUCUAUUGCAGCCCCCAAAAUGAUUUAUGACCUCUUCAGAAAACGCAAAGCCAUCUCUUUUGGGGGUUGUAUAUCUCAGAUCUUCUUUAUUCAUGCUAUUGGGGGAACAGAAAUGGUGCUGCUCAUUGCCAUGGCCUUUGACAGAUAUGUUGCUAUAUGUAAGCCUCUCCACUACCUGACCAUUAUGAGCCCACGAAUGUGCAUUUUGAUUUUGGCUGUAGCCUGGGUCCUUGGCCUCAUCCACUCAGUGGCCCAAUUGGCUUUUGUUGUAGACUUGCCUUUCUGUGGUCCUAAUGUAUUGGACAGCUUUUAUUGUGACCUUCCUCAGCUCAUUAAACUUGCCUGCACAGAGACCAAUAGGCUGGAGUUCAUGGUCACAGCCAAUAGUGGACUCAUCUCUGUGGGUUCUUUCUUUAUACUGAUUAUUUCUUACAUCAUCAUUCUGGUCACAGUUUGGAAACACUCUUCAGGUGGGUUAUCCAAGGCCCUCUCUACUUUGUCAGCUCAUGUCACUGUGGUGGUUUUAUUCUUUGGGCCAUUAAUCUUCUUCUACACCUGGCCCUUCCCGUCAUCACACUUGGACAAAUUUCUUGCCAUCUUUGAUGCAGUUCUCACACCUUUUCUGAAUCCAGUCAUCUACACAUUCAGGAACAAGGAGAUGAAGGCAGCAAUGAAGAAACUCUGUCAUCAGCUUGUGAGUUACAGGAGGAUGUCCUAA